AUUUGAGUGUACGAGUGAGGAGACUGCCUGCCUGGUUGCCCCGCUUCCCUCCCUCUCUCCGCCUGCAAACUCAGCCACUGAAACAGGCAAACUGACACAUUUUUGACUACGUCAUCAGGACGAGAAAAGCUGAUUUUGUUGGUAUAGUGUUGGUGGCGCCUAGUCCUAGACUCGUAUAGUGGUUACUGUAGCUCGCUCCGACCGUUACAGAUCGGGGUUCGAGAGUCGGUAGUCACUAUAAAACCGAUACGUUUGACAAAUUUUGUGACACGUGGCAAAAGAAAGUCUUUUCGUUGUAAAAGACUUUCUGGAAAUUUGGAACAGGAAGAAAUGGUGCGAGGACACUAAACAUAGCCGGAGGUGACAAGAAUAGCACUUUUUUUUUGAAAAUCUUAUGUGAACUCCAAAACAAUGAGAAAACCUUUACAAAGUUUUUCCAGGACUACGUUUAGUAUAAACAUGGAAUUAGCUCUCGUUUCUAUCCUGCUAUUUUUUGCAGUGCCUUCAUCCGCUCAAGGGAAUGCAGUUUAUGUAUUGUCUGAUCUAUUGGCCAUUGGUGACAAUUUCCAAAAUGUAAAUACUGUUCGUGGGUUUUGUGACAAAAGAGGAAGAUAUCAAAAUGAAACGGAUACGGCUACGCAAUUUACUCAGGCAACAUCACUAACUGCUAAUGUAGAUGACAUUAUUAGAGGUGACCAUGGACUUCCUGUGGAUGAUUUUUCCCUCAUUCUUAUCUUUAAAAAAAGUCCGGAUGUUGACACAACACUGUUUUCAAUUUACUCCAAGGAGCUCAAUGAAAUCAUGAGUUUAAUGGUUGGACACACAACAAAAUUUUUAUUUAAUGGAGACAACCCUGUUGACCGACAGCAAGAUUCAUAUGAUUUGAACAUUGACACAAGUUCUGGCUGGACAAGGUUAGGACUAAGUAUCAAGAAAAGUGAAUUGAUUGUUUACUACAACUGUGAAGAGAGAGCUAAAAUCGAUCUAAAAAACCGACCCCUAGCAUUUCCACGAGAAACCACGAUAUUGAUGGGAUCUAAUCUUGAUGAUGAAACAUUAUAUCAGGGUUUAUUCCAAGAGAUGAUGAUAAUACCUGAUCCUGAGGUUGCCAAAAACCUUUGCUCAGAUAUUGCCCCUGAUUGUGGUGAGCCUAUUGUAGAUCCUCAUACUGAAACUGUUGGUCGACCUAAGUCUGACUCCAACAUCCUGUACCCAGACGGUAUGGUCAUCGACAAGUCUGGUGCUGUCGUCCAGCUCCCAGUGAUUCCUGAGGGAGAAAUAGAAUACAUACCUAUCGACAAAAAAUCUGGACCAGAGCCAGACCUUCUCAUUGACCAGAAUGGACAAGUGCUUGUGGAGUAUGAUCAAUCUACAGGUGUAUCCUACGCAUACAGAUAUGGACCACCAGGACCUCCAGGCCCCCGCGGACCAACUGGACCCGCAGGACCCCCUGGGGAACAGGGUUUCAGUGGCCGUGAUGGUAUACCGGGAUCCAAUGGUGUCCAAGGAGCCCCUGGUCAUGUCUUCAUCCUCCCACUCCCAGCUGAGGGAAAAACCUCCAACCAGGCCGCAGCUUUCAGAACCAUGUUGGAACAGCAUAUGAUGGCAAUGUCAGGAGCAAGAGGCCCCCUUGGUAUGACUGGUCUUCCUGGUGCGGUGGGCCCACCGGGAGUAGAUGGUUCUAAAGGAGACUCUGGUAACCCAGGAGAACAGGGACUAAGUGGACCUAGAGGUUUGACUGGUUCAAGAGGAAAACCUGGAAAGAAGGGACGUGAAGGUGCGGAGGGAGAACGUGGUAGUAUGGGACCUCCAGGAGACAAGGGAGACCUUGGAUUCCCAGGAAUGAUGGGUAUGCCAGGAUCCAAGGGAGAGAGGGGAUCAUCCGGACCCUCCGGCCAGCCUGGACCAACAGGACCAGAGGGCAAGCAGGGAGAUGCAGGAGAGGGCGGACCUGUAGGAGCUCCAGGAGAGAUGGGAGCACGUGGAUUCCUUGGACCUCGUGGCAGGCCCGGCAGCAUUGGACCACCAGGAAUCUCAGGAACUGAAGGACCAACAGGACCCAAAGGAAACCAGGGAGGAAAUGGCGCCCCAGGAGCCCCCGGUCAAUCUGGUGCUCCAGGACCAACUGGACCACCGGGACCCCCUGGAGCUCUUGGCCCCCAGGGAAUUCCUGGCCCACAAGGAAAGCCCGGUCUUCCUGGCAUGCCUGGACCCAUCGGAACACCCGGUGUUCCAGGACAACCAGGAGAGGUUGGAACCAAGGGAGAUACUGGUCCACUUGGAAUCCAAGGUAUUGUAGGCUAUCCGGGACCAAGGGGACCAAAGGGAGAUACAGGACCAUUUGGAACGGUGGGAGAAAAAGGAGUGAAGGGAUACAAUGGCCUGCAAGGAAUUAAAGGCAGUAUUGGUUCGAAGGGAGAUCGUGGGUACAAGGGACCAGCAGGACCGAUGGGUAUUGAGGGUAUCCCUGGCCCUAAGGGUAAUGCUGGAGCUUUAGGAAAUGAUGGGCCACAGGGACCAUCAGGAGAAAAGGGUCAGAUGGGUAUUCCAGGGAUGCCAGGAUUCUCUGGACCACAGGGGGCAAAGGGCGAAUCUGGCAGACCAGGACGUCGAGGACGACGGGGUUCCAGAGGCAAAAUGGGUUUAAAUGGCCAAAGUGGUGAUCGUGGAGAGCGGGGAAUGAGAGGGCAACCUGGUGAGAGAGGAAAGGAGGGCAUGCCCGGCCCAUUUGGAGCCAAGGGAGAGAGUGGUCCACCAGGGCCACCAGGCUUCCAGGGAGAGCAGGGUCUCCAGGGAACCCGAGGAGGAGUUGGACUGAUGGGCCCCAUGGGACCUCCAGGUCUGGCAGGAAAGGACGGUCUGUUGGGAUUACCAGGAGAGCGAGGAGAGACUGGACGGCCAGGAAUCCCAGGUCAGCCAGGCCAGAUGGGAGUCAUGGGACCACCGGGCCACUCAGGGGAGGCAGGAUCACAGGGAGAUAGUGGACAACCAGGCAACCCUGGAGUACCAGGAGACAUUGGUCUGCCCGGAGCAGCUGGUGAAAGGGGAGUUCCAGGUCUUCCUGGCCCAUCUGGAAAUGAUGGUGUCAUGGGACCAACAGGACCCAUGGGAUUCGACGGAGAGAGAGGAUUCCCUGGACCUCAGGGUAAGGAUGGAACCCGAGGGGAGCCUGGAAUGGAUGGACAAUUAGGACCAAUGGGUAUGAAGGGAGAUGUUGGAGAGCCGGGCGAUGCUGGAUCACAUGGUGUUUCAGGACCCCCAGGACCAACUGGCCCAGAGGGAUUGAGAGGACAGAAGGGAGACACUGGGCUGGAGGGACCGGGUGGGUUACCUGGCAACAUAGGACAACAGGGACCAAGGGGUUACGAUGGACCACCAGGACCAUCUGGAGCUCCAGGAGAGGAUGGAGAUAAGGGAGAUACUGGACACCCAGGACCUAAAGGAUCCAAGGGAGAUUAUGGUGAAAUGGGACCACCUGGACCAUCCGGACCAUUGGGAUCUCAGGGACAAAGUGGACCGCCAGGACCUCCAGGCGAGCCUGGCAUUCAAGGAAUCCAGGGACCAAACGGUGUGAAGGGAUCUGAGGGUCCACGUGGCUUGCCAGGGGCUACUGGGCCUGUUGGUUUGCAGGGACUACCGGGAUCCAUAGGCUCUAAAGGAGAGGGCGGAGAUCGUGGAUCAAUUGGACCACCUGGAGCACCAGGCCCCCAGGGAACACCUGGACCAUCUGGCACCUCUGGCUUACCAGGUAACACAGGUCCCCCAGGACCCGAAGGCAGACAGGGGAUGAAGGGGGAGAUGGGAACCACUGGCGAGCCAGGAUCAGCAGGUCAGGAUGGCACUGUGGGACCACCAGGACCCCAGGGACCAAAGGGAUUAGAUGGACGACCAGGGCUUCAGGGAUCACCAGGGCCAAGGGGCCCCGCAGGACUUAUUGGUCCCAAAGGACAUGCUGGUUUAGCUGGAGAGGAGGGCCUGCCUGGGUCUACAGGGGAGUCUGGAUUGAAGGGUGAGCCAGGAAAGGAUGGUCCAGAAGGAGAUCGUGGACCACCAGGACCAGUGGGUCUGCCAGGAGUACAAGGAGAGGCAGGAUUACAGGGAAGGGGAGGAAAGACGGGAGAGGCAGGGAACCCUGGUCCUCAGGGAGUACAAGGAGAAAUGGGCAACAAGGGAGAUCGUGGUCUGAUUGGCACACGUGGUCCCCGUGGAUCUGCAGGACCAACGGGAGCACCAGGACCGUCUGGAGUACAGGGACCGCGUGGAUCUCCAGGACCAGUGGGAGAGGCAGGAGCUAUGGGCUCCUCAGGGAUGCCAGGAGAACAGGGACUCAUAGGACCUCCUGGACCUCCAGGGCCAAAGGGACAGCAGGGUGACCGUGGUAUCAAGGGUCAUCCAGGCAGAGUGGGACCACCUGGUGUAGUUGGAGAUCCUGGACCAAAGGGAGAGCCUGGCCCAGUUGGCCUCCCAGGAUCCAAAGGAGACAUGGGAGAAAGAGGUUACCCAGGUGAGGCCGGAUUCCAGGGACCAGAUGGAGCUCCAGGCCUACCAGGAUCGAUUGGACCAUCAGGACCAAAGGGAGAAUCAGGAUUUCCUGGUCCUAAAGGAGGGUUGGGACACAGAGGACCACCAGGACCAGCUGGAGCCCCAGGAGAGGCGCAGGCUUUCCCAUCAGAACUUCUAGGAGCUCCAAUGUCGAAAGCCGGUACUGGUUACAGAAAGAGGAGGGCAGCAGGUGUCUCAGGUUUCAAUGAUCAGUUUACUGAUAUGCUGGCAGAUAUGUCCAAGAAUGAGUAUGAAUUAAAGGAAGGAGUCACGAUUGUAGUGGAACAGAUGUUCAGUCAUGUAGAUGAGAUCAAGGAGGAAAUGGAACGCAUGAUCUAUCCAACUGGCAAACAAGGAAACCCAGCCUCCACCUGCCGCGACAUCCUUCUUGGACAUCCAGACUCACAAGAUGGUUAUUACUUCAUUGAUCCUAACCAAGGUGCUCCCGACGAUGCUAUCCGUGUAUACUGUAACAUGACUGCUGGAGGUGAAUCAUGCUUCUACCCAUCAGACACAACAAACACGGCUCCUUCACAAUUCUGGAAGAGAACAAAGAGAGGAAACCAGUUAUUCAGUGAAAUGAAGAGUGGCUAUGAGUUUGAGUACACAAUUGGUCACCAACAGAAGAUGUUGGGUCUCUACAGUUCAACAGCUCACCAGACAUUUACAUACCACUGCCAGAACUCCUUGGCCUGGUUCAAUGAGGAAAACAAUAACUACAACAGUGCCAUCACCUUUAUGGGAAGUGACAAUAAACGCAUUAACACUGAAAAUCUCGCUGCAGAAAAUGUUAAGGACGGCUGUAAGAACAAGCCUGCUAGUGGCAGCACAGUUUUUGUCGUCGACACAAAGGUGGUAGAGGACUUACCAAUUGUAGACUUUACUCCCAAGGACUACGGGGAUGCAGGGCAAGGCUUUGGUUAUGAGAUCGGGCCAGUAUGCUUCCGACAUAUAUAAGGACACAACAUGCUGGGAAAUCACAACAUUUCCAUUAAAACUAUUUCACUAGUCUUUCUAUGUACUAUAACAUGAAGGUUAAGAUUUUUGUGUAAUAGCAGACUCUAUGACAUUAACUUUUAGAUAAAAUGUUUCAGAAGAAAAAAUAAACAAUUGUAUGUCCUUUAUUAAGGUCAUAUCUCACAUUGACCUUCAUGAAUGUCAAUCGUAUCAUUUUAUACAUAAUACAUGUACUUCCUCAGAAUUUCACUUUUUUCAUAUUAUAUAUCUCUUACUAGUUGACUAUCUUACAAUGUAUUCCUCUAUUAGAUCAAUAAAUAGUAUUUAGACUUUUUUUUACAUUUUUUUAAUAAAAAGAGAUUUCAUUUUUGCUCAAAGAUACAUUGUAAUCUUUUAUCAAUCAUGACGUAUUCUGUCUGUUCCGUCAGCCAUCGUAGGUUCACCUGAUCCUGCUUCUACACUGGUCAAAAGCUGUUUGUUGCUAUAAGUGCUAUACACACAGAUGCAACAAAUCUAUGGAUCACUGAAGAAUGGGAUUCAUCUGUCGGGUAUCCCUGUAAAUAUCCUGUAUCACCACCUUUCCCAUGUUACAAAACUUUCGAAUAACAAGGCAGCAAUAUACGUGGUGCAACAAUGAUCAAACAGAGUUGUUCAGAGCUGAAAGACUUAUAUACAUUUACCCUGUUUGCAAAGACUACCACUCUACCCGUUACAUGUUAGUUAUAAUGUCGAUGCGAACAACUUUUGUUGUAAAGUUUGUGUUCAGCAUGUUGUGACGUGGCCGGGAGGUUGAUUGAUAUUGGACACAUUUAGUCAACAAACAUCAUGACAACAUGAAGCGAUAUUACAGGGAUGACCGACCAACUGACCACUAGCCAUUGAUCAAGUAGCGAUAGUUGUUCACACGAUGGCUGACCAUUUGUGAGGUGUUGUAUACCCACAGUAAGACAAGCUUUGCCAGCACUGUCUGUGAUCUAUCUACAACAAGUAUCGCCCCCGGUACAUUCACGUGAAUACCGAAGGAGUGUAUCUGCCCCGUAUUGCCUUAUAUAUGUCGGUGACAAAUGUGUCUGUCCUCAUUCAUUAUCUCACUGAGUCACUGACUCACUCACUACCAAUCAAACAGUUAUACCUAGAUUUUCUGCUGAAUAAAACAAUUUCUUACAAUA